AUAGAGAGAGCAGACAGGAAACAUCCAGUUUUCUGUUAAACACAGAAAAAAAGACAUUUUUAAAAUCUAAACUAUUAUUAAACUCACCAACCAAUCAGUGCAGACAUCAGCGAGAAGGUGGAAUAAGACCAGUUUAUAAAUGAAUUCAUUCAGAGCUGUGAGCUCUCCUCUGUCCUCUUUUCAGUUAACGGCCAGCACAGUGUGAAUAUAAAACAUAGACAGACUGGUUUACUGGCUGCUUCACCAUGUAGAACAUUCAUGUCUGAGGUGUGUGGGGUUGGGAGGAGUUGUGGGGUUGGUUAGGUUGGACACACUGAAGUCCAGCAGUCGAGUUCCUGCAGUGAAGCUGACGCUCAGCUGAGGCUCUGACUCCAGAUGAAUCUGGCUCUGGUCCACGAUCGACUGCUCAUUAAGACAUUUUGGGAACAGAGGGUCAACACUCAUAAUCAGCGUGAUGAGGUCGAGGAGCAGAGGAUGAACAAAAGUGCCCUGAACAAGUUGAGGCAGGAGUGGCUGGUCCAGUUGGAGAGCAGAACCAAACACCUGAAAAACCUUAACGACAACUUCGUCAGGAAGGCAAAGGUUGAGAAGUCAGCUGAUCAGACAUGAACUAAUCAGAAGGAAUGAAGAUUCAGACCACAGAACGACUUUUCUCUUAAUGCUGUUCAAAGAUAAAUAAACUGCAAUGUCAUUAAACACAAA